AUCUGGUAAUUGUGCUUUUUUAGUUCGUCCAUCAGGUAUCGGUGAAUGUGGAAUGUUUGAGGAAGCAUAUGGAGAAACAAGAAAUAUGUGUGUAGUUUCUGAUCGAAAUGCAAGCAUCAUAAAAGCUGUAGGUGAGGUGUAUAAUGACAUACCACAUUAUGCAUCGGGAUAUGAUAAGUGGGCUAGGUCAUAUGCAUCGGUUCAUAGGGGAUGGACUUUGACAUCAAACAUUGUCGAGUCAAUUAAUGCUGCACUGUUAUCAGCUAGAGAACUACCAAUAUAUGAUUUUCUAGAGGAAGUUAGAUUGAUGUUUGGUAGAUGGAAAUGUGAAAAUAGACAACAGGCACUGUAUACUUUUACGGAUCUUAUUGAUAAAUUUCAACAAAUUCUUCAACAAAAUGAAGCAGAGUGUACGCGUAUGAAGGAAAAUACAUAUGCUGAGAUGGUUAAAUACAUUUGCAAAACUGUUUCUGACAUAACCUUGCAGAAAAAUACAUAUGCUGAGAUGUUGGAUGAGAAACCGUGUGUUCAUACUUGUGCAGUUCUUGAUAGCAAGAAUUUUAAGAAGGGACCAUAUUGCUCUGAUCUUUACAAGCCAAAAACAGUCUUGCGGACAUAUGAUCUUCCAGUUUAUCCUUUACCACACAAAGAUGACUGGAUAAUUCCUAAGGAAAUUUUGGAUGAGGUAGUUCUGCCACCAAAAUACAAGGGACCCCCUGGAAGACCUCCAAAGAAGGAUCGUGGAAAGUCCGGAAAAGAUAUGUUUGGAAAGAAAAAUAAAAAUUAUUGUGGUUCGUGUGGAUGUAAAGGGCAUAAUGAGAGUUCAUGUAGGAAAUACAACAAAUGA